GCCCGCAGCUCCCGCCGCCGCCGCCGCCGCUGCCGCCGCGCUCGCGAUGGGCGCGCAGGACCGGCCGCAGUGCCACUUCGACAUCGAGAUCAACCGGGAGCCGGUUGGUCGAAUUAUGUUUCAGCUCUUCUCAGACAUAUGUCCAAAAACAUGCAAAAACUUCCUAUGCCUGUGCUCAGGGGAGAAAGGCCUUGGGAAAACAACUGGGAAGAAGUUAUGUUAUAAAGGUUCUACAUUCCACCGAGUGGUUAAAAACUUUAUGAUUCAGGGUGGGGACUUCAGUGAAGGUAACGGAAAAGGUGGAGAAUCGAUUUAUGGUGGAUACUUUAAAGAUGAAAACUUUAUUCUCAAACAUGACAGAGCGUUCCUUUUGUCAAUGGCAAAUCGCGGGAAACAUACCAAUGGUUCCCAGUUUUUCAUAACUACAAAGCCUGCCCCUCACCUGGAUGGGGUUCAUGUUGUCUUUGGACUGGUUAUUUCCGGUUUUGAAGUGAUUGAACAGAUUGAAAAUCUGAAAACAGAUGCUGCGAGCAGGCCUUAUGCGGAUGUCCGAGUCAUUGACUGCGGGGUGCUCGCCACAAAGUUGACGAAAGAUGUGUUUGAGAAAAAAAGGAAGAAACCAACACAUUCAGAAGACUCGGACUCUUCUUCCAAUUCCUCUUCCUCUUCAGAAUCACUGUCAGAAAGUGAAGUUGAACAAGAGAGAGUCAGAAAGAGGAGACAGAAGAGGAGGCCAAAAGUCAGACAUACUAAAAAGAGACGGAAGGAGAGGAGCGCUUCAGAGGAAGCAAAGAGGAAGCGCACGCUGAGCCCUGAAGGUUACUCUGAGAGGAGUGAUGUGAAUGAAAAAAGAUCUGGUGACUCAAAUGCUAAAAGAGAAAAGCCAGUUGUGCGCCCGGAAGAGAUCCCUCCAGUUCCUGAGAACCGGUUUUUACUGAGAAGGGAUAUGCCCGCUGUCGCAGUGGAACCUGAACCGAACAUUCCAGACGUUGCACCUGUUGUAAGCGAUCAGAAACCAUCUGUAUCAAAGUCUGGACGGAAAAUUAGAGGAAGAGGCACAAUUCGCUAUCACACGCCUCCACGGUCAAGAUCCCAUUCUGAGUCGGAAGACGAAGACAGCAGUGAAACCCCUCCUCACUGGAAGGAGGAGAUGCAGAGACUGAGAUCUUACAGGCCACCAAGUGGGGAGAAGUGGAGCAAAGGAGACAAGCUGAGUGACCCCUGUUCAAGCCGAUGGGAUGAGAGAAGCUUGUCCCAGAGAUCCAGAUCAUGGUCCUAUAAUGGAUACUAUUCAGAUCUUAGCACAGCCAGACACUCUGAUGGUCACCGCAAGAGGCGCAGGAAGGGAAAGAAGUUUAAGCAUAAGAAAAAAGCCAGAAAGCAGAAACACUGUAGAAGACACAGACAGACGAAGAAGAGAAGAGUAGUUGUGCCACCUGAUCUGGGACCCUCGAGACCUUCCACCCACCGAAGGAAGUCCUCUUGUGAUAGAGGAAGGAGAUCCCGAGCCUCCUCCUCCUCCCCCUCAUCCAAGCGGGACUGGUCUAAAUCAGACAAGGAUAACCGGAGCUCUUCAACCCACUCCAGCAGAAACUCCUACCGAUCCAAGUCUCAUUCACGAUCUGAUUCUAGAGGGAGCUCGAGAUCACGGGCUUUGUCAAAGUCCAGGUCUAGUUCCAGGUCAGGGCACCGAAGAAGAACAGCAUCAAAAUCACCAAAACAACCUGCUCAGCUGAGUGAAAAUAAGCCAGUUAAGACAGAACCUUUAAGAUCAUCGAUGCCACAGAAUGGAAAUGUUCUGGUACAGCCUGUGGCAGCAGAAAGCAUUCCUGUAAUUCCAUUGAGUGAUAGCCCUCCCCCUUCUAGGUGGAAGCCUGGGCAGAAGCCGUGGAAGCCCUCUUAUGAGCGAAUUCAGGAGAUGAAGGCUAAAACAACCCACUUGCUGCCUGUCCAAAGCACAUACAGUUUAACAAGUAUUAAAGAAACUAGAAGUUCAUCCUAUCACAAAAGGGACAAAAAUUCAGAAAGUGAUGGGAGCGCUUAUUCAAAGUAUAGUGGCAGGAGUUCUGGGAGCUCAGGAAGGUCAAGGGGCAAGUCUUCUAGAAGCAGGUCAUCCUCUAGGUCAUACACAAGGUCAAGAUCACGGAGUCCACCUACUUCACGAUCACAGUCUAGGUCUCCGUCAUCUAGGUCUCGCUCACAAAAUAAGUACAGUGAUGGUUCCCAGCAUAGUCGGUCAUCUUCAUACACUUCUGUUAGCAGUGGCGAAGGAAGGCGAGCCACGAGGACCUUUAGGUCUAGUGGAGAAAAAAGUGUCACUGCAAAUAAAAGACACUGCAGCAGCUCGAAAAAGAUAGCUCACAGUAAGUAUGCUAAAGGCAGAGAGAAGUCAUGUCAUAGGAAGUGUAGUGAAAGCAGGUCAUCUUUAGAUUACUCUUCAGACAGUGAACAGUCACAUGCUCAAGGAGUACACUCCGCCCCCGAGAGGAGUCAGCAGGGGAGAAACAGGGAGCCUGAGUGGGGAAAGGGAGCGUUGAGAGAGAGUCUCUCUGAUCACUCUAGAGACGGCAGUAAGUCCAAAGGGAAGCACUGUGCUGGGAGCAGGUGGGACUCUGAAUCAAACUCAGAGCAGGAUGUGGCUAAGAACAGGAAAAGUGAUCCCCGGAGAUGUUCGGACAAGGAGGAGGGCGAAGCCUCGUCAGACUCCGAGUCAGAAGGUGGUCAGGGUGACCUCCAACCCCCAGCCAAGCCUUCAGCAAACACUUCUCUGCCUGACAGUAACGGUGCCUGGAAGUGCAGGAGAGCACGGUCUUCGGCCUCUGAGUCAGAGGGCUCUUGCUUCAACUUGGGAAACGUUAGAGCGGAGCCCCACAAGCAAAGGCGCCCCAAGGACAGCCUUAAAGGGGUUCACACCAAAAAAGUGAGGGAGAAACUGAAAGCCCAGAAAGACAAGAAGCACAAGGCUCCAAAACGGAAGCAAGCCUUUCACUGGCAGCCCCCGCUGGAGUUUGGUGACGAGGAGGAGGAGGAGGUGAGUGGAAAGCAAGUUACACAGGAGCCGAAAGAGAGCUGUGACACUGCGAAAGACGCGAUUGCAAAGGUAGAGGGAGCCUGUGAUGAAGGCAGCUGCCCCAGUAACCCCAAGAAGGGCACUUCAGAGCUCGACCCGCUGGCCCAGGGUGACCGCAACCUCAGCUCUUGCCCUGCCCCUCCGAAAGUGGAAGAAAAUGCCACCAGCUCUCCCCCUGGCACCCAGCACACUGAAGAGCAAGUCCCGGGUGGAGGGGAGGACGUGCUUCAGACCGAUGACAACAUGGAGAUGUGCACCCCCGAUAGGAGCUCCCCUGCAAAGGCAGAGGAGGUGUCCCCAUUAGCAAACCACGGGCUGGACAGCCCAGAGGUGAGCAUUAUUCCAGAGCAGGUUGAGAACAUGGCACCGUCCAGAGCAGGAAGGAAACAAGAAAGCAUUGUGUCUGAGAGUAAAACCUCAAAUGAAGCUGGGAAACAGGACAGCUCUGCCAGCUUGGCCGGCCCUGUAGAAAUUGCAGGAAAGAAGGAGGGAGCUGUGAAGAGCCAGAUGAACCUGACGGAUAAGUGGAAGCCACUGCAAGGCGUAGGAAAUGUGGCCGUGCCUACUGCAAGCACACCCAGUACCCUGGAUGUGAAGCCGUUGGCUCCUGUGCCUGAAGUGAAGCCACAAGGCUUGAGAAUAGAAAUCAAAAGCAAAAAUAAAGUUCGCCCUGGGUCUCUCUUCGAUGAAGUAAGAAAGACAGCACGCCUAAACCGGAGGCCACGGAAUCAAGAGAGUUCCAGUGAUGAGCAGACGCCUAGUCGGGAUGGCAAUAGCCAGUCCAGGAGUCCACACAGAUCUCGAAGUAAAUCUGAAACCAAGUCUCGACACAGAACAAGGUCUGUCUCCUACAGUCACUCAAGAAGUCGAUCCAGAAGUUCCACAUCAUCUUACCGGUCAAGAAGCUACUCUAGAAGCCGGAGCAGAGGUUGGUACAGCAGAGGCCGAAGCCGCAGCCGGAGCAGUUCCUAUGGAAGUUUCCAUAGCCACAGGACAUCCAGCAGGAGCAGGUCCAGGAGCAGCUCCUAUGACCCCCACAGUCGAUCCAGCAGAUCCUAUACUUAUGACAGCUACUCCAGCCGGAGUCGCAGCCACAGCCGCAGCCAGAGGAGUGACAGCUACCAUCGAGGUAGAAAGUACAACAGGCGGUCCAGGAGCGGUAGAUCCUAUGGCUCGGACAGUGAAAGUGACAGAAGUUACUCUCGUCACCGGAGCCCCAGCGAGAGCAGCAGAUACAGCUGAGGCGGCUUUGUGCGCAUUGUAUCUUAAUUGUAAAUACCUGGUAACUUAAAGCUUAAGAAACCGGAUGGCAGUCUGUUGUGUUUCAGUAUUAGAGCUCAAAUCCAACAGUGCGUAUUUCUUGUCACUUAUGUGUGUGCAGAUAAGUUUAAAGUACAGAUGUCAACUGGAAAUAUUUACAGUAGACAACUAUGGAGUUUUCAUUUUCUUGAAUCAAGAAAUGGUGAAGUCGAUGUGAGUAUAAUUUGCAGUGUUAUUUUAGAUAGUUCUUCUGUAACUCACAUAGUCCAUAGAAUUCAGGUUUGUCAGUGUUUUCAGGUCUUAGCAUCCAUGCUGCCAAACAUUAUGGAGAGCUGUCUAUCGCAAGCCACGCAGCGCAGUGCCGAUGCCGGCUGUAGUCUCGUUUGUGUGCUGUCAGGUCCGGCCAUCCACAUCCCUGCUCAUCUGCCAGGUGUGCAGCGGGCGGGGUGGCUCAUGCCGCCAUGUCUGCCUUUCCACAGACGCCGGAAACUCAGACGGUAACGGUGUUGCUAUUCCCGCUCCUGCCGUGGUGCUGGGUGCCUUCGGUUCCUCUUAGACCUUACUUACUUCAUGUCCUACAUGUCCUGAUGCCAGAAGACAGAAUCUCCACUUUUUAAAGUGACUGGCACCAAAAAUUAUUUCUUCUGAACUGGGUUCACUGAGGGUAGGGGCUUCUUCCAAACAGGUGUGUGGUGGUGGUCAGUUGGAACAGCCUGCAAGGUUGGUCGUCUUAUUUUGCCCAAGUGUGCUAGAAGAACCAGCUGAAAAGUGAACUCAGAAGCAGCUCCACGGUCUUAAUUACCACAUCCCAGAGACGCUUUGGCAAAGCUUUACUGUCCCACUGUGGCAACACACCAGCCUUUUCCCUGUCUGUGGAGCCCGUCUGAGCAGAGAGAACCCAGGACAAGAGUUGGGGCAGAAGGAACACAGGCCAUUGCACACAUGGAUGGAUGUUCUUGUGGCUUUGCGUGGUUCCUCCAGAAAUAACAGCCUGUAAAGAUUAGUUUGUGUUUGUUUGUUUGUUUUACUCUUUAGUUUGUAUUCUUUCCCCAAGUGUACUUAAUCACCUUAGUGCCAGUUUAACCCUGCUCACAGAAGGAAUUUCUAUAUGUGGUGUGGACGUCCAUACCAUCCAAUCCCGGGCUGGAGGGUCUUACAGCCCUGGCCCGAUGGAGGGAGGCACUGGAUGUGGAAAUGCUCUUCCGGGACCAUGUGGCAUGUGGCUCCGGGUAAGAGCGUGUAAUGAUGCUCUGGGCUUCUGACCAGCACCCUAAAAAUAAACAGUGUGUAAGUAGCAUAUUGGUGGCUAGCCAUUGUUCAUCAUGCCAGUAAAUACAAGUUCAUGGGAAAACAUCAGAAGUCAGUGCUUGGUUGCUGAAGAGUAAACAUAUACUUUGUAGUGGGGCUUUUUUCCCUAAAAGUUUCCCCUGCAAAGAUGUUUGAAUCUACUAGUUGGUGAGAAGAAUGCAUUCAGAGCCCAAACAAACUGCCACAUGGAAUUAGUAAGGAAAGGUCACUGUUACACUGUAGCUGUGUAACAAAUUAUCCCAAAUUUCUCAGCCCAAAACAGUGCGCAUGCAUCAUUGACUAUCAAGUCUGCGGUCCAUGGCCAGACGUGGUGGGGUUGACUUCACGGCUCAGGGUCUCAAGACUGUGACUGUGUGCUAAAGGGCGCCUUCCUCAGGAGACCCUCUUGUAGAAUGUCAAGCGGGUCCUCUCUAGGCCAGGGAUGCCCACAUCCCCUCCCUUCCUCAACAGGGCUCCUUCGAGUCUUUGUCUUUCUUCAAAAGUUCUGCCUUCCUCCUGUUUCAAGGGCCAUGUGACGUAGGUCAGACAAGAUCAGAGAGCAGUCCCUGUCUGCAGUCCAGUGGCCAGAGGAGUUUUGGGCACUGGCAGGGUUCUGGGGGUCGGCAUAGGAAGAGACAGGACAUGCCACCUGCUGCCACCAUGGACAGGGCUUCACCUUGUCCAGCACAGGCUCUCAUCCUCAGCAUUGUCCGCCUGGCUGUUUAUACUCAAGUGAAUGACAAAAAUGGCUUUUCUUCCUAACCAGGAUCAUUCUGUAUUUUGAAGUUAUUUUUUUAAUAAAAUUAAAUUAUGUUGUGUAA